AUGGCCAAUAAAGUUAUUUCGUGGUUAGAAGAGACCGAAGAAGUUUUUUUAGAUGACUCAGACGAUACCGAUGCUGAUCCUAGUUAUGGAGAUCCCGUCGAAUUACGUGAAAAUAAGUCUGAAAGUGACAUUUCUGAACCUACGCAUAGAUCAAAUACUUCGAAAACUUCUCGUUCAAGAAGUCGUAGUCCUAUAGCACAGAAUUCUUACUACUUAGGGAAAGAUAAACAAACAAAAUGGUAUAAGGACGCUCCUCCUAGAAAUGUACGUACUCGACAACGUAACAUUGUUUUACGUUUACCAGGCGUAAAACAAAUAGGUCGCGAUGCAAAUUCUAUUUUGGAGUGCUGGAACUUAUUUUUUUCUAAUUCCAUUAUUGACGAUAUAGUAAAAUACACUAACAUAUAUCUCGAUAAAAUUCGUUCAAAAUAUACACAACAACAUAUGGUACGCGAAACAUCAAAAUCCGAAAUAAACGCACUUUUUGGACUGUUAUAUUUGGCCGGUGUUCUACGUAGUCAUCAUCUCAACCUUGAUGAUUUAUGGUCAAACGAUGGCUUAUCCCCCGAGUAUUUUCGAGCAGUUAUGCCAAAAGCACGAUUUUAUAUUCUUCUAAGAGCAAUGAGGUUUGACGAUAUAGGUACACGGGCCCAAAGAAAACAAUUUGAUAAGCUUGCGGCCAUUCGUUCUGUAUUUGAAGACUUUGUUCUACGCUGCGAGAACUGUUAUACAGUGGGGGCAAAUGUAACUAUAGAUGAAAUGCUCGAAGGUUUUCGAGGCCGUUGUAGUUUCCGACAGUAUAUCCCAAGUAAGCCUAACAAAUAUGGUAUAAAAAUUCAGGCCUUAGUCGACUCUCGCACCUUUUAUACGUCAAAAAUGGAAGUGUACGUUGGGACCCAGCCCGAUGGGCCUUAUAAAUGUGACAAUAACCCUGCAAGUGUCGUGAAAAGAUUAAUCGCCCCAAUAACGAAAACAGGUCGUAAUAUCACUAUGGAUAACUGGUAUAAUUCUAUACCUCUAGCAAUUGAUCUACUAAAAAAUCACAAUACAACUAAACUAAAAAAAAGGCAAUUGAACUCUACGAUGUUUGGUUAUGACAAAGACAUAUUGCUUACAUCAUAUGUACCAAAAAAAAAUAAAAAUGUAUUGCUUAUUUCCACUAUGCACGAACAAGGUGUCAUUGAUCCGGAGUCUGAAGAAAGAAAACCAGAGGUGAUUACGUAUUAUAACAGUACAAAAGGUGGCGUGGAUUGCGUGGAUGAAAUGAAGGGCGAAUACUCUGUGGCUAGAAUAAGUUGCAGGUGGCCAUUGACCAUUUUUUUCUCUUUGAUGAACAUAGGAGGCAUAAAUAGCCAAAUUAUUUUUCGAGAAAAUACAGGAAUUUACCUAAGUCGUCGAGAAUUUCUAAAAACCUUGGGAAAAGAACUUACAAAACCGUUUAUGUUAGAACGAUUGCAGAUGCCUACUUUGCGUACAAGUAUUCGACAAAGAAUAAUAAAAUUAACUGGUUACACCAAGACAGAAAAUGAAGUCCCUGAACGUUCAAAUACUGAACAUCGUCCGAAGUGCGUAUUUUGUCCAAAAAGAAAAAAUCGAAAGACCAUGACCAAGUGCGUAAAAUGCAGCGUGCCAAUAUGUAAGGAGCAUACGAUGAGCACAUGCGUAUCCUGCUGUAACGAUCACAACGAAACAAAUACUACAGAAAGUGAAUAG